AUGGACACGGUCUUGCACAUCCAAGGCAGCCCCGACUCGUCGCUGACGCCAUUGAUUCUCAUUCAUGCAAUCUCUGGCCUGGCGCUGCCCUAUUUUGCCCUGGGGCCUCUAUCAUAUGCCGACGAGGACAAGAACCUACACGAAGGACGACCGGUAUACGGGAUCUCCGCGCCGAUUUACGAACAUGGAUCUCCGUUUGCCGCGCCCGGCAGCUUAUUCGAAGUGGCCGCUCUUUACGUUUCAAUUAUUCGACGCGAGAUCCAGCCCAAGGGGCCGUACCUACUUGGUGGCUGGUCCAUGGGCGGCAUGAUUGCCGUGGAGAUGGCCGCGAUUCUUACCGCGGAGGGCGAAACUGUGCAGCAUGUCAUACUCAUCGACUCGUUGAAUCCCGAGCUCUAUCCGCCAUUCCAGGACGCGCGCGAGCAUCACGUCGUGUCCACUAUCACGUACAACGCCAUCGCCCGCCGCAUGAAUGCCCCAGAGGAAUCCGCGAGUGCACCGCUCCGCGACGAGGAUGGUAGCAGCAGCAGCGAUACGAGCCGAGAGAGCUCAGACGGAGAGAUCGACAGCGAGGACGAAGCUGGUUCGAUGGUACGGUUCUACAGUCAAUUGCGCCAGCAUAUCCACCACGGCCUGCGCAUGCUGUCCUCGUAUCGGUCCGCAAUUCCGGGCGGGCAGCGUCCUCUGCUGCCGAACACGAACGCAACGCUGAUCAAAUGCGAGACGCUAGGAACGCUGUCUCCGCUGCUACGAGAUAAACGGCGCGACUUUGCGAGGAAAAUCAACCGAGAUGCGACGAAUGGGUGGUCAGAUUCGCGGUUCAAGAGCUUUGCCACGGUGCCCUUCAGCGCAAUGCAUGACGGUUGCUUUGACGAGAGUUUUGCCGGUGAGCUGACGCUGAUCCUCCGGAAUGUCUUGGGUCGCAGUGGAUGA